AUCGAAUAAAAAUAUGAUAAAAGGACAAACAAUCGAAUAAGCAGACGCUGACAGUGAAGCUUGAAAUCUAACGCGUGUCAGAAAGUGAAAUCGAAAGUCCCAGAUGUUUCUAGUCCCACGACCUUUCUCUUCUUCCCCAUUUCUUGAAAUUGGAAUCUCUUCUUCGUUGCCUGUAUUUAUAUCUCGAAGCCUUAUGCUGUUAGCUCGUGGUCCACUUUCCCUUCUCCUUCAAACUUCUUCGUCGCCGUCAACAAAUCCUCUGAUUUUCCCGAGAAAGUUCGAUUCUAUAAGCUUUUUGCGUGAUCCUACAAUGUCUUCGGAGACGGAUUCCUCUGAGAUCUCGUCUAUGUUCGAGAGCCUCCUACGCCAAGAAGGUGGUUUCUCUCUCUUCUUGUCCUUCAUGUUAGGGUUGACCCGAGAACCCGACCCGACAGGAGACAGGACGGUCCUGAUCGACCCCUCCACACGAACCGUGCUCAUUGUAAGGUCGCAGUCAAGUCUGGACGCGUUCCUAAACGGCGUCGUUCGGGGGAAACGGGGGAGACUGCCGGCGUUGAAAUCGGCGGUGGAGGGAAUGCCACGUGUCGAGAUCAAGGGGAAGGAGGAGGGUAGUUGCGCGGUAUGUCUGGAGGAGUGGUCGGCAGGUGACGUGGCGGCGGAGAUGCCGUGUAAGCACAGGUUUCAUUCCAAGUGUGUGGAAGAGUGGUUGGGUAUUCAUGGGACGUGUCCUGUCUGUAGAUAUGAGAUGCCUGUGGAAGAAAAAGAAGAAACUGAUAAGAAGUUCGAGAUUUUGUUUAGAAUCGCCAUUAAUGGCGGCGGAAGAAGAAUCCGUGAAGGAGAAGAACGAGACGCUGGAGGUGAAACUGAUUCAGAGCCAACUACAGGAACAGAGGUUGUUUAGUUCGGAGAAAAAAAAUCGGCUCUUUUUUAAUUUAUUUUUGUGGUUUUUUUUAGCUUUGCAGAUUGUAAAUUGGGUAUCUUUUCCUUUAAUAUUCCUCGGAAAGUUUAAUGAAAUCCCAUAUUUUGGACUGAUCAA